GUCGAGAAGUCCAAGUGAAUCCCUCUUCCCUUAUUCUCUACUCUAUCCCUCCUUUUCUCGUGCCUGACUCAGUUUAUUUCGUCUUAAUUUUUUAUAUAUCACUUCAAGUACAAUGCCGAAAACCAAGAAGAAGUGGAUUGACAAGAAGAAUGCUGUUACGUUUCACCUGGUUCACCGCAGUCAACAAGAUCCGUUGGCUGCUGAUGACAGUGCACCUCAAAGAGUACUUUUGGCUGCACCUUCCUCUCAGAGUAAAUCGAAAAAACAAAAAGAGGAAGAGAUGAAGUAUGGAAUCUAUUUUGACGAUGAUUAUGACUACCUCCAACACUUGCGGGAGAACGACUCAAUGGUUGCACAUUGGGAAGAAACACCAGAAAGAGAAAAGCCACAAAAGGAAAACAAAAUCAAAUUGCCAUCAUCAGUUUUUGCUUCCGAGGUACAAGAAGAUGUAGGACUACUAAACAAAGCAGCACCUCAAUCAGGACUCCGUUUGGAUUUAGACCCCGACAUAGUUGCUGCAAUGGACGAAGAUUUUGACUUUGAGGACCCUGAAAACCAACUGGAAGAUGACUUUAUUUUAAAAGCAAAUGCCUCUGGAGAUGAGUAUUCUGAGGAUGAAGGAGAUGAUGAUGAGUACAUAGACUCCGACGACCUCAGUGAAGAUGAAGGUAGCGUCAGUACGGUGGGAGGUCGCAGUAAAGAGUCGGACGAUACUCUCGGCUCCUUCCGCCAAGAAGAGACCAAGUCAAGGUUUACCGAGUUUUCUAUGUCCAGUUCAGUCGUGCCUCGUAACGACCAACUUACACUGCUGGACGAUCGGUUCGAGAAGAUGUUUGCUGAGUAUGAUGAAAAUGAGAUAGGAGCUUUGGACUGUGAAGAGAUCGAAGGUGAAAUAAAUCCAGCUGAUGACAUGGUGCUGCGGCUGGCUGAAGAAGAGUUUGACACACGUUCUAAAGUACCAGAUCCAGAAGGUAACAACGUACUCUUGUCAGAUUCAGAUACGUCUAGCCUAGAGGAUGAAAGAUUCGUUCUGAUAGAAGAGAAAGAGAAAUGGGACUGUGAGUCAAUCCUCUCAACAUACUCAAACAUCUAUAAUCAUCCUAAACUCAUUACUGAGCCUAAAGUUAGUAAAAUAAAGAUCAGCAGCCGCACAGGGAUGCCUGUAGCAGACGACAGACUGACAGCCAAGAACCUAGCCAGACUGGGGGGAGAGGGGGGUAAAAGUGGUCCGGGGUCUGUCAUCUCGGCACUGUCUACACUCUCCAUACGCAACAAGGACGAGACUCCAGAGGAGAAGAAACAGAGGAAAACUGCGCUUAAACAGUACCGAAAGGAGCGAAGAAUAGAAAGAAAGAUCAACAGUAGCGCAUUCAAGGAAGAAAAGAAACGCCAAGAGAAGAACAUGAUGAAUGCCAGAGUGAAUACUGUAGCGGUUCACCUUUGAUGAAAUUAUCUUCUUUGUUCAAGAAACUUGGCGGUUUUUGUAAAUAAGAAACUUAACUUUUUUUCCUUUUUAACAAGUAAUGGAAUCAAAAGUCUUAUCCAGAUAAAAAGAUGAAGAACUAGUUGGCUCCAAACUAAGUUGUUUUUACUGUUCUAAAAUUUAUGUUAGAUGGGAGAUUUGCAUUUAUAUAAAAUAGAAAUUAGUAUUCAUCACAGAGAAAAAAGGUUCAGACGAUGCAAGCUAAUGGUAUAACUGUGCGCUUUCAGCUAUGAUAUGUUGGGGCGGAAAUAUACUUGUGACAAUCAAGGAAGAGCCUGAACGGUGAGCACUUUGCAGAAAUGCCUAUCACACAGGACACAGGGUCUUCCUCCAUCGUGAGCAUUUAGUACAUGAUGGCAAGGGGGAUAGAGGGAGUUCAUGAGGUCAUGAGGCCUUAGAUACGAGCACUAGCGCUAGACACCACCUUAUUGUACCAUUGAAUGUUUCCUCUGUAUCUUAUUUCUCUGUGUUUUAUUUAGAUUGAUGUGUACGGACCAAUUUUAACUUAUACAAAUUAAUUACCGAUUGAAAGAAGUUCUUGAACUUUCUAUCAACUUUAUUGCUAUUGAGGAAAAUGAUUACAUAUAAACCAAAUGAACUACAUUGUUAAGCCGGAAAUUGAUUUAUAUGGGGGUUAAUUAACAAGGUAUAAUAGUCCCUGCUGCAUUUGAAGUAAAUCCAUAAACAAACAAAAUUCUAAAUAAAGUUUCAAACAAACUCCAAAAUAUCAUCAGGGAGUAGUUAAAUUAAUACUUUCAUGAACUCAUUUUAAUAGAGCCAAUAAGUUGAUAUCUCUCCAUAGCAUACCAUGAAAUUUAAAUUUUUUAUCUUAUCUUAAAUUAUUUUUUAUUACCAUUAUUGCCUAGUAUCUUUUCCUAAUUAUAUUGAUUUUGAAACUCCAGCAAAGUUUAGUUUUUUAUCAAACAUAUUAUUUAUGAUUUAAGUUGGGGCUUGAAAUAUUUUAUUAGCAAAGCUAGGAGUCAAUGUCAAAUUUUUACAAGAAAUCAAGAAAUAAUAAUUUUGUAUCCUUAGGGACUUCCCUGUUUCUUGAGUCCAUUAUUUUAUGUAAGCAAAUUUUGUUUUCAACAUGU